AUAUUAAAUCUCAAGCCAAAUUGAACACUCGUGUUCAGUGUUUCUCUCAGAUUUCGAUAACAUUAACGUAUUUCUGUUAUCGUUGUAGGAAAAUUCGAUAUCAUGUUAUAUAUGCUUGGUUCAGGAAAAAUAAUUAAUUAAUUAAUAAUUAGUUAAUAAUUUACUGUUUACUUUUACAUUUUCCACCAAUAACUUAAGCACUGCUGCAACUUGCACCAUGAAGCCAGUGGCUUCGGUUCGACCGGCGCUGAGUAAGGAAGAUGUUCUUGGGAUUUUGUCGGAAAGGUACUGCUUGCAAGGAGUUCUUGAGGUUAAAGAGUUACCAAGUUACGAAGAUAGAAAUUAUUAUGUUAAAACUGAGAAGGAGCAACCGAAUGAAUUUGUGUUGAAGAUAAUGAAUAGCAGCGAUUCCACAAGAAUACAUGUAGAUGGCGAGAUAGAAUUUCAAAAAGUUUUGAAUUUGAAAGGGUUCUGCUGUCCGGAGCAUAUGCAAGAUGUGAAUGGAAACUAUAAAAGUUACAUCCAACUGGGAGACUCGAGACAUAUGGUUCGUUUGCUGACCUACUUACCCGGAACCGUAUUGGGUGGAAUAAUUAGGUCACCGGAUGUGUUGGUGGCCAUUGGAAAAUAUGUUGCCGAUGUGCACAACGCCACGAAGGAUUUCAGACAUCCGUGUCUAAGAGACAAUCCAGAGUACAUAUGGAGUCUCGAGAACGUUCCAAAGUUGCACAUGUACCUGGAUUACAUUUCUGACGAUGGUGGGAAAGAUCUGGUGAGGGAGGCCAUCAAACUUUUUGAGAAGAACGUCAUUCCGAACAUGAAUCUGUUUGAGCAUGGAACCAUUCACGGGGACAUAAACGAAGGAAACCUUAUCGUGCUAGCCAACUCUGUGACCAAACAAGGCAUUCAAAUAAACAGGGAGACGAUGGGCUUGAUAGACUUCAACGAGUCCAACAUAUCAUGUCUGAUCUUUGACCUUACGUGUGCGGUGACCUACAUGAUGAUCGAAAAUAAGGGCGUCUUGGAAGAUUUCGUCGACGCAGGUGGCUAUGUGAUUGGUGGGUACCUCAAGAACCGUCCAAUCAGCGAGCUAGAAAUUAGCCUUCUUCCGUACUGCGUGCUAGGUCGGUACGCGCAAACACUCUCCAUAAGCACCUACACUCAAACACUUGAUCCCAAAAAUCAGCACAUCUUCACAACGUCACAUUCCGGCUGGGAGCAGUUAGAGAUAUUGAUAAAGAAAGGGGCUGAUGAGAUAUUGAGAAGAUGGAGAGAGAUUGCCAGCAGUACUACGUGAUGAUGCUCCAUUAAAUGGACAUAUACUUCUUAUAAAGACUUCAUUUUUUGCAUUAAUUAAUUAAUUAAUUUAUCAAUAUAUUAUUAGCUUACUGUUUUUUUUUUAAAUAUCUCAAAUUAAAUGGUAAAAUAAUUUAUUUUAUUAUUUAAAUUCAGUGAAUUAAUCAGGACUAUUUGUCAUUUAAGGCGAAAGUUUCGAAAAAUAAUUCAUCUUAACUAUUCUUAAAACAUGAAAAAUAUUUUUAUUCUGGUUUUCCAAAAAAUACAAAAUGUAAAAAUAUGAACUUUUCAUGGCUUGGGUAAUUCAUGUCUACGCAUUUUGACACAUAUUUGAACGUUCAAAUUCACUUUGAGUAACAGCACUUUCAUCAUUAAAGCAAAAUCUUAAUCUGUGAAAAAUUUGACCAGUAGAUGAUUGUGAUUUUUUUAUAUGUAAAUAUUGAUUUUAAAAUUCUGUUACAUAAAAUUUAUACAGAUAAUGAAAUAAAAUCAAUUAAUGUACUAA